CUUUCAAAUCUUUUUGAAAAGCUUAAAUUAAAUCAUAUCGUGUCAUUUGCGUCUUAUUAUUAGGCUAUUAAAUAAUGUGCUCUAUUUCUGAGUAGCUGACAUAAAAUAAGCCACAUUUACUAUGUGGAACAUUCUGACGCCGGAAACUUCUUACUAAUGCAAAGGUGCAGGGGACAUAUUUACAGACAGGAUUCAGCGCUUCCGGUACACUGUUAGCAUUUAGCAAACAGGUGAAACAAGUUUGUUUUUUGUUUUUCAAUCAUACAAGUCUUUUCGGAUAUGUCUCAUUAUGUUUUGAGAAGACUUGUCACUGGAGUUUUAAGCGUGCACAGAUCUGUGAAUUAUCAGCCACUCCUCAGUGCCAGAAGCUCUGUUAAGAUACAACAGAGUAGCUGGACUGAUGGACUGAAGGACAGUCAGGCGUUCGAUGUCUCUAUUCUUGAGUUUCUGGUGUGUCCACUGUCCAAAAAAACCUUGAGGUAUGAUGAAAAGAACAAUCAAUUGAUAAACGAAGAGCUUGGCAUCGCAUAUCCUAUAAUUGAUGGUAUUCCUAACAUGAUUCCACAAGAUGCGCGAAUGAUCCAGAAGGCCGAAGCAACUGAAAAACCCAUUGAAUCCUAAAGUGAUUUCAUAAACCAAGUUUAUCACCAUUGGUUUUCUGUUGCAAUGUUUUUCUCCCUGUCUUCAGCGACUGUUUUUAUCUGACUGGUUUCAUUGUCUGGACUUUUUUACUCUGCAAGCAUGGAUGAAAAUUUCUCUCAAGGCUGCACGAGUACAAACAGUGUCUGUUUUUACAGUCUGUUGUUGCCAGUAACUAUUCCUGUGUAUGUUUUCUUUCACUUGUGGAAAUGGAUAGGAAUUAAGCUGUUUAGACACAAUUAGAAAAUGGUUUUAAUCAGAAAAUGGACUGCAGACACACUUUCCCACAUAACAGACUAUUUUAAUUUCUCAUCUUUUUUUGUGAACAAUGCUUGCUUAUAACCAAAGUACACAUUUUUGUGUUGAGGCAUAUUCAGUAUACACCAUAAAAGUGUAAUUCAAAGUUGAACUGGAAGUAAACAGUGAAACUAUGUAAACAAUGUAAAAUGCAGAUAUAUUAAACAAACUGCAAAUAACAA